AUGGCGCACCGCCCGGCGGACGGUUGCUUGGUCGCUGACCAAACGGUGGACCAGGGAGUUCUGAGGCGUUGCAGGGGGCGACCCAGACUCACGGACUCCGACCGAGCCCAGAGACGCCUCGAAUCCCGCAAGAAGUACGACGUUCGGAGGGUUUACCUUGGAGAAUCCCACAAGCUGUGGAGCGAGCUCCGCAGACGGACCAGCCUGAGUGAUGCCGGGCUGGCGGAGUACCUCAUCCUGCUCAACUCCACCUACGGAGACCAAUACCAGCAAAAACACUGCGGGAAGAAGACAGUGCCAGAGCUCUCAGAAAAACAAAAAAGAGGCAGGAAGCAGAGUGUGUCUAGCCUCCAGAGUCUUGUGUGUUGGUACCAGGAGCACGCUCGCUCCUGCCCCCACGAGCCCCAGCUCAGAGCCCUGGAGCCCCAGACCGACUUCUCCACCGCUGCCAUCUGGCAAUGCCACUCGGAUCACUCCUUUGUGCAGUACCUCUACUCGCCUCUGAGGGGAGACAGUGAUUCAGAGCAGGAGGAGUGCUCGAACGUGGACAGCGACGGAGAGAUGGCGGCCAGUAAAGAUGCGCAGCUGUCCAAAGGCCCUGUGAGCAGGCAGAGAAGAAAGGAGUGUCAUAGAAAGUUCACAGACGUCGGAGAAGAUGUUUCUGAGGAGCAGAGUUCGACCACGAGCCAGACGGAAGAAACCGGAGCAGCAAACCACCACCCCGUCACGGCUCUGACGGGACGGCCCGAUUGGGAGGUGGACAUGGUGCCGCAGCAGGGCUCCUUCGCGGAGGAGCUGGACUCCAUGCCUGCGGAGGAAGAGGAGGACGCCACCGAGGAUCUGAGGCGAGGGAAGGACGGGAGGGAAAGAGAAGCGGAGGCAGUCGGAGAAGAAGAAGAGGAAACCAGGUCUGCCGGGCACGAUUACCAGUGCAUCACCGCAUCCUUGGCUGAACUGGAGAAGGUGGGGGAGCUUCCAGUCCCGCCGCCCAUGCAGGUACACGAACAGACCGAGCUGUUUGACCAUCAAGCUCUGCAGUCGGUGGUGACGGGCUGCGAGAUUCCCGACCAGAAGGUGGCUCUGGAGGCCUCGCAGCUGAUCAUCAUCUCCGCUCCCAGCUACGAGGCGCUGGCGUCAGAGGAAAUCCAGCUCAACGUGGCCAGUGGAAAUGUGGAGGAAGUCUCCUGCUCCGUCAUAGGGACGGGCACCUACAGCCAG